CAAGUUCCGGCUACUACAAAAAGUAAAAACAAUCCUUCUUCUCAACGUCAUAGUUUUCUUGAUUUGAACCAAUCAGACUCCACGUCUAUUUCUCUAUCGAUUGGUUGAAAUAUUUGUCAGGUGUAUCUCUUAUCCAAUCAUUUGCUUAGCCCAAGACCAACCUCAGGAAGCGAACGAGAGAGGAAGAAUAUCGAUUCUGUUACUAUGGUGAGCCCUAGGGACGCGGCGGUUUUAAAGUUCAGCAGAGCAAACGAAAAAUGUCGCCGCCUGUUUCAGUUGUGGCAGAAGGAAAGCAGAGGCCGAAUCCUACCGCAGCCGUGAGAUUGAAGCCUUCUCGCCUAGUGGUUAACCAAGCAGUACUGGCCGAAAGGAACCCAAGCGCAAUUGCACCAGUGGGAGCCUGGGUGGAAUGUGCUGCUAAUGAUCGUUAUGAAUGCGAAGGCAGGGCUAUGGUAUCUGCUCAGCUACUGGGGGAACAACUUUUACUGCACCAAAAAGAGAAACAAGAACGGUUAAAGCAUUUUCAAGGAGAAGUAAAGCGUAGGGUCAAUCAACACGCAAGGCUGAAGAAAAAACAGCAACUUCAAAAGUCUUAUGAUGCAAUAAUGAGGGAAGGUUUUGCUCUAAAACAAUCGUGUGAGGCUGCAGUGCUCUUGAGUCCAAAAAAGAAUACCUGUACUUACCGAAAUACAAAGGUUGCUAUUUGUAGUCCUCGUUCCCAUUGGGUUUCAGCCCAUAAAAUACACGAAGAAGAAGAGGAGGAGGAUGACGAUGAAAAUACAAAUAAAUUACUUAAAAAACAUACACACAUGUUAAACAAGACUAUGAAGCAUGUACGACACAGACUAGCAGCCUUGAAGACUGUGGAGAGGGAUGAGUUAACUCUUCCUGGUGGGAUCUGGAAGGUCUCACCCACUAGAGAUAAUCCAGUAUCUCGACAAUCCACUGUCAUGCAUCAGACUGAAGAAGAUAUUGAAGAGUUGUUCCUGACUGGAUAUCAUGACCUCCCAGUGGAACUACUAGCACAUAACUCCAAUGCCCCCUUGUCAGAGAUGGGCAUUACUGAGACUUCUAAGCAUCUUUUAAAGCCUCCAUGCAGUCGGUUAAUGAAGGAAUCUUACCCCACUGGUCCUUCCCCAGCGUUUAGCACAGAUUAUCGUGCAGCACUUGUACUUCGACCAGGUGUUGAUGAGGAGGAGAACCGAAAACAGAGGCAAACCCAGUUUCUCAUGUACAGGCGACUGUUUAUGGACAUUGAAAGAGAACAAGUCAAGGAAAUGAAAAGACAAAAGGAACAUGAGAAAAAAAUUUUAAAAGUUAAAAGAGAGAGAGAAUUUCAAAGGCAAAUUGAAGAGCAGCAGUUGCUUGAUGAAGCAGACCUGGGCAAGCAAUACAUGCAUGAAAAGCAUUCCGAAUUGUCAAAUCUUUAUCAUGACACAGAGAAGCAGACAGAAAAUGAAGACAAAACACAGAAGAACAUAGAAUAUGUUCGGUAUGUUGAAGCUUUAAGAGCACAGAUGAAGGAAAAGAUUCAACUGCAUAAUAUUGAAUUGCCACCAUUAUGUUGCUGUGGCUCAGAUUUUUGGGAAUCGCAUCCAGACACAUGUGCAAACAACUGUGUUUUUUACAAGAAUCCAAAAGCCUAUGCUCGAGCCUUACAGUCUGUGAUCUCUUCGCGUGAAAUGUGGGAUGGAAAUUUAAGCUCCAGAUUUUCAACCUGUAGCAUCACUUCUGCACAUUCUCGAUUGUAUAAGUGAAAAAAAAAGUGCCUGAAAUCAUUUCCUUGUGAAUUGUACUCUUAUUUAUUGGAUCUUUAGACUUUUCUACAACUGUUUUGCCUUGAAUAGAAUUUUUGUACUUGAAUUAAGUAACAUAUAAAUGUUUACAAUUACACAUAAUUAGUUAAGUUUACUACAUUAGUUGAUAUCUAGAAAUUUGACUGCAGUGCCUUUUUAAAAGUGAUGUCCAAAGUUAUCACUAAAUAAGUAAAUGUACCUUAAUUAGUUUAUUCCUUGUAGAAAAAUUAAUGGGUAGAUAAAUCAAAAUGUGAGAUUAGAGCUCACCACAGAAAAACUCGCCCAGUUUCUAUUCAUUCCUGAAGGAUUUUUAAAAGCAUGUUUACCAGUGGGUGAAAAUUAGAGUUUACUAUUUAAUAAAUAAAUUAAAAAUCCCAUAGCAAUUAAAAGAAAGUGGGUAAAUGUUUCUGCUGUGAGCUUUCAUCUUGCAUUUUGAUACAUCUGCCCUUAGUGUUUUCUGCCAAAUGUGUGGUUACAUAUAUUUAUAAUAUCAAAAUGAGUAUGUUGGACUUUGUUGUCAUUGUAAAUCCAGAUCCGAUCAAGCCUAUAUUAAAAGCACAAAAAUUAUAUUACUUA